AUGGUAUACAAUGUCAUUGAGAAUAUGAUAUGCAAUGUCUUUGAGAAUAUGGGAUGCAAUGUCUUUGAGAAUAUGGUAUGCAGUGUCUUUGAAAAUAUGGGAUACAAUGUCAUUGAGAAUAUGGGAUGCAAUGCCAUUGAGAAAAGAGUAUGCAAUAUCAUUGAGAAAAUGGGAUGCAAUGUCAUUGAGAAUAUAGGAUGCAAUGUCAUUGAGAGUAUGGGAUGCAAUGUCAUUGAGAGUAUUGGAUGCAAUGUCAUUGAGAAUAUGGGAUGCAAUGUCAUUGAGAGUAUGGGAUGCAAUGUCAUUGAGAAUAUGGUAUGCAAUGUCAUUGAGAAUAUGGUAUGCAAUGUCAUUGAGAAUAUGGGAUGCAAUGUCAUUGAGAAUAUGGGAUGCAAUGUCAUUGAGAAUAUGGUAUGCAAUGUCAUUGAGAAUAUGGUAUGCAAUAUCAUUGAGAAUAUGGGAUGCAAUGUCAUUGAGAGUAUGGUAUGCAAUGUCAUUGAGAAUAUGGUAUGCAAUAUCAUUGAGAAUAUGGGAUGCAAUGCCAUUGAGAAUAUGGGAUGCAAUGUCAUUGAGAAUAUGGUAUGCAAUGUCAUUGAGAAUAUGGGAUGCAAUGCCAUUGAGAAUAUGGUAUGCAAUGCCAUUGAGAAUAUGGGGUGCAAUGUCAUUGAGAGUAUGGUAUGCAAUGUCAUUGAGAAUGAGGAAGGUAAUCUCAUUGUGAAGAUUGGAGGAACUGUCAUUCAGAAUAUGGUAUGCAAUGUCAUUAAGAAUAUGGGAUUCAAUGUCAUUAGAAUAUGGGGUGCAAUGUCUUUGAGAAUAUGGUAUGCAAUGUCAUUGAGAAUAUGGGAUACAACAUCAUUUAGAAUAUGUGAUGCAGUGUCAUUGAGAAUAUGGGAUACAAUGUCAUUGAGAAUAUGGGAUACAACAUCAUUUAGAAUAUGGGAUGCAAUGUCAUUGAGAAUAUGGGCUACAAUGUCAUUGAGAAUAUGGGAUGCAAUGUCAUUGAGAAUAUGGGAUGCAAUGUUGUUGAGGAGAAUAUGGGUACAAUGUCAUUGA